AUGCCGAGUCACCCUCUGUCGGCAGUGCAGCUCCUCCGAAAUGGCGCCCACCCAGCCGGUGUAGGAGGCUUGGAGAGCUCCUCGCGUGCAGAACGUGCUCUCAGGGUGCUCGCAACGGUGAAGUACCGCGACCCCCAGUCGGCUGACUGUGCUGCAAACUGCUGUGCCGCCCUGGGCGUUCUGCUGAGACACCUGGACCUUCCGCGCGGCAUAUGUGUCUUGGACAUUUUGCUGGUCGCUUAUCUGGUCCUGAGAUCUGCGGACGAACGUGCAGAGCUCGCGACACUCGAGGGGGGGCGGCUGAGCUUGGCAGUGCUCCGUUCUAUUUGGUGCGCGGAGAACCCGUUCUAUAUCCUGAACACUCCCAGUGAUGGUAGCGCUUUUCUCUCUUUCAAGGACGUGCUUCCUGCACUGAACCUGCACACCGUGGUCAAGCGAGGCAACGUGUUCCGGGACGACCCGCUCAAUUUUUCUUUCACAAGCUACUGGUCGAACUCGCGUCUGUCUACCGAAGCCCUGCUCCUGAAUGUUCUGUUUAGUUUGGCGACCCGUUCGAAGGUGAUGAUCCAGCACUUGCUCCUGAAACCAGACUUGAGUCUGGCGUCAAAUGCCGCGGUGAUGGUUCACGGAUGCUUGUGGUACGGUUUUUGUCUUCGCAAUUACUGUGGUGAUGGCUCGCAGGUGCUCGUGGUAAGGUUUUUGUCUUGGCAAAUGCCGCGGUGA